GCCGGCCGCCCGCAGACCCCUCUCGCGACGCGCGUCUCGGCGGCGGCGGCUUCCAUCCUCGGCGGCCGGGCUCCCGAUCUCCGUCCCGCCUGCGUCCUUGGUCCGCGGGGCCGGGCAGCCGCAGCGACGGGCAUGGCUUCGGCGGGCAGCGGCAUGGAGGAGGUGCGCGUGUCGGUGCUGACCCCGCUGAAGCUGGUCGGGCUGGUGUGCAUCUUCCUGGCGCUGUGUCUGGACCUGGGCGCCGUGCUGAGCCCGGCCUGGGUCACGGCUGACCACCAGUACUACCUGUCCCUGUGGGAGUCCUGCCGGAAGCCCGCCAGUCUGGACAUCUGGCACUGCGAGUCCACGCUCAGCAGCGAUUGGCAGAUUGCUACUCUGGCUUUACUCUUGGGCGGCGCUGCCAUCAUUCUUAUUGCAUUCCUGGUGGGUUUGAUUUCUAUCUGCGUGGGCUCUCGAAGGCGUUUCUACAGACCUGUUGCUGUCAUGCUUUUUGCAGCAGUUGUUUUACAGGUUUGCAGCCUGGUCCUUUACCCCAUCAAGUUCAUUGAAACUGUGAGCUUGAAAAUUUACCAUGAGUUCAAUUGGGGUUAUGGCCUGGCCUGGGGUGCAACUAUAUUUUCGUUUGGGGGUGCCAUCCUUUAUUGCCUGAACCCUAAGAACUACGAAGACUACUACUAGAACCAAUAGUCUCAAAUUUAAAAAAAUACAACCAACCAUCCAACAAAAGGAUUACGCCUACAUCUUUUCUAACUCAGUAUUUUCUAAAACACUUGUGGAGCAUCCAGCAGUUUGCUCAGUUGAUUUAAUAUCCUUUGCCUUUCGGCUGUCAACAUCAUAACCAGCUUUUACAUCCAUUUUAGGGACCUGCACAAAUUAAGAGAGCUGAUUAGACAUAGGCAAUGCUACAAACUUCCAGUAUGUUCAUGUAAUUUUUUUUUUUUGACAAGUAAAGGGUCUAUAUGACAGCAACCAUUGUGAUAAACUAGUUGGAGUGAGAAAUGCCUGGAUCUCCUAUUACCUGCAGGGGAGCAGCUGGCAUAAGCAACAUUUAGAAGUUCCUUUGCGCUGACAAGGAUUCCACUAUUAGAGUCCUCAUCGCCUGCUUAUACCACCCAGUGACUGCUUUGGCUGUUGGUUAUUUGCUUGAGUGAGCUCCUGAAAAGUCAGCUGCCCUUCAGCAUCAAACAGGAGUUGUGAAUGUAACUGGUUAAUGGUACACAUUCCGCCUUCAAGAAUACUCUUUUUAACGGGAGUUUAUGCUUUGGCAAUCAGCAUCUCCGUGGGAAGGGAGUCAAGACGUGAAGACAUGUGCUUUUCAUUAUGUGGUUAGAAAUUUUGCCUCAGCCAUAUCUAGAAUGGGGGAAAAUUGAGAGUCUCUGCUUUCCCUGGGGCAACUAGAAAGAAACUUGCAUGAGUUGCUUCUGUCCUAAGUACCCUUUCAAUCAUUUACCAAACAUUGCCACAAACAAUUGUGCAUAUGUAAUGAGCUUAACUAUUUUUAUAGAAGGUGAACCAUUAGCAUAAAUGGUAAUAAGUUGUUCCUUAGCCCUACUCAUACAUCCGCCUGUUACACAUAAAAUUUAUAUUUGCUCUAGUGAAGUUGUUUGAACACUAACUUUGUACAUGUUGUUAAGCCGCUUAGAUUGGUAUUCACACUUAUUUGCCAUACAAAGGUACAUAGACCUUGAAGCUUUUGGUCCUUGUUCUCUACUGUUUCACUGGAAAGUUUUAAUAGAAUUUCAUAAAAAGACAAAUUGAAAUAGUAUUAAGCUGAAAAUGAAUGAUUCUUCUGUAAGCACUGUAGUUCAAAAGAGAAUAGCAAUUAGUAUGAUCAUUUUGUUUAAAAUUCACUAAAAUAGGAGGCUUUUUUUUUUCAAGUAUUCUAAAUGUCAUUUAAAAAGAGAGAGAAUAGAGAUAGAUUUUUAUAAAUAUCUCGGUAGAGGAGUAGAAUUCAUCUGAUUAUCACCUGGUCCUCUAAAGUUAACUGAUGGGCUGACCUGUGCACACAAUUAUGAUGCAUUUACAUUAAGGGACUCUUUUGCUAACUGUUCAAAUGGAAAGAAAUGUCAGAAUGACAGAGAAUAAGUUUGCAACUAAUGUCACACUGCAAACUUGUGUUAAUUCUGUUUCAUAUUCAAAUUUGGAUAGUUUAAUUAUAAACAUAUUUUUAUAUCUAAUAUACAGUUCUAAUACAAAGGUUAUAAAUAGUUAUUUUUGUUAACAAAGAAAUGAAAACAGUGUAUCCUGGUUUUGGCCCUCUUGCAGAAAGACGCCUUGGAGAAGUCAUUUAAAAUGCACCUAUAUGCUAUUUAUUGUAUUGCAGACUCCAUUAAGAGCAGGUCCACAUCAACAGUAUUUAAUAAUUUGCUUUACCUCCCAAAGCUUUCAGCUUGUCUUAAGAACUGUUGCCAAAAACAACAGCAAAAAUAAUAAUAAUAAAUUAAAAACACUUUAUUUUAUUACUCAAAUACUAAAAACAAAAUCUUGUGAAUUUUCUAUAGAAUCACAAAGUAAAUACGAAGUACCAGGCUUAUUCUUAUUUUAGCAAUGCUAAGCAAAAGUGAUUAAAUGCAUUCUAGAUAGAAAUCUUUAUAGAAGUAUAUGAUUCAAUAAAGGAUUAUAAGAAAUGAAGAGUGGAACUUUUCCAGAAAGAAAUAAGUAUUAUAGAAUCUUUUGAAGCAAUUUUCUUGAGAAAUAGUAAAAUCCGAGGCAGACUGUCUUGCAGUUAAUUUCAUAUUGUCAGAGCAGCAUGAGAAAUACGAUAUUUGGAUAGCGAUUUCGUCUACUAAACACCCUCAGUUGUGAGAGGAUCUCUUUAUUCCUGAAUAAUGGAGGACAGUACUUUGGUGCUGACAUCAAUGAGGCACUUUUCUUAGUCCUAGGAGAGGAUGCAGUGUGCUGUUAGACCAAUCUCAUACCUUGAGACUUAUCAAAUUUUCAUUCUCUAUCAGUAUGACAAGCUGAGAAGUGACAGAAUGUGUUACAGGUUAAGGCACACAUAUUUGCAGUUUACUGGAAAGUAGAUUUCUUAUAUGACUUUUUUUCCCCUUCCCAGUGAAGAGCUCUGUGCUCUAUUGCUAUCUCCACUAAUAUUUGAAAGUGUUUCAUUACUAACAAGCUCAGUUCAACAGGGAAUUUGUUGCUGUUUUGUCUAUCACAAUAAAUACAAGUGAAUUAUUCACCUACAUUAAUAUUAUCUCUUUGCAGCUUUAGGUUAUCUGAUGUUUUCUUACAAGCAAAAUUGUUAACCACAAACCCAUUGUUUAUCAUAUAUGUGUGUAUACACACACAUACACAUACACACAUAUAGCAUAAAGUACACAGCAGGGCUAGUUAUUUGGAUUUCUUGCACAACUAUUUAGCUUUUUGUAAGUUCAACGUGUAAAUUUUAAAGACAUAAAUAUAGAGAGACUUAUGUGUUUGAAAUAUAAAUGAUAUAUAUGGAUUAGCAUGUACCUGUAUAUUAUUAAACAUGCAAUGAACUAACUGGUAAGUGACGUCUAAUCAUAUGGCUAGCAAUGUAAUUUAUUCAGACUGUAUUUUUGUACAGAGCAGCACACACUAACCUAUGCCUUUGUGUCCUCUUUAAUGCCUAAAACUGUGCCUAGAAAUUUCAUCUGUCUUAAAUAAAAUAUACUUCAUGCUGUUUAUGCUAUUAGUUCCUCUACUGCUGUUCUAUAUUUAUUAUUUUUAAAUAUAUGACAUGUUUACUACUUAAAUAUGAAUUCAUGAUAUCCUGGUUAUUUUUUUUUUUAACAGUCAUCUAGAGGAAACCUGUUUAUCACUCCACUGGUUUUGAGUUUGCAGUUUCACAAUCAGUUCUUCAUUUCAUGAUUUUUGUAGCUGACAUGAAGUUACCUAUGUGGACAAAAUAAAAAUAAAAGUG